GCGCGUGCGCGGAGGCGGGGGGGCAGAACGCGCCGGGGCGGGAGGAGAGGGCAGGGGCGCGCGUUCCCCCCACCCCCCGCCCAGAUUCGGGGCCGAAGCCGGGUCUCGGGCUCGGUCUCGCGGUGUUUCCAACGCCCCGAAGAGGUGCCACCUCUUGGCCAGAGGAUCGGGGCGCGGGGACGGGAGCCGGUGUGUGGGAGCCGGAGCCGGGCUUGGCCUGGGCCGCUGGCCGUGUAAAUGAGCAAAGAUGGAUCAGGAAGGUGGGGGAGAUGGGCAGAAGGUCCCGAGCUUCCAGUGGAGGAACUACAAGCUCAUCGUGGAUCCUGCCUUGGACCCUGCCCUGCGCAGGCCUUCUCAAAAGGUGUACCGAUACGAUGGAAUCCACUUCAGUGUCAACGACUCAAAGUAUAUACCAGUGGAAGACCUCCAAGACCCCCGUUGCCACGUCAGGUCCAAAAACAGAGACUUUUCCCUCCCAGUCCCUAAGUUUAAGCUGGAUGAAUUCUACAUCGGACAGAUCCCACUGAAAGAAGUGACUUUCGCAAGACUGAAUGACAACGUGCGGGAGACCUUCCUGAAGGACAUGUGCCGAAAGUAUGGCGAGGUGGAAGAGGUAGAGAUCCUUCUUCACCCCCGUACUCGCAAGCACCUGGGCCUAGCCCGUGUGCUCUUCACCAGCACUCGGGGAGCCAAGGAAACAGUCAAAAACCUCCACCUUACCUCCGUCAUGGGCAACAUCAUCCAUGCCCAGCUCGACAUCAAAGGACAACAACGAAUGAAGUACUAUGAACUGAUAGUCAAUGGCUCCUACACCCCUCAGACGGUGCCCACUGGGGGCAAGGCCCUGAGUGAGAAAUUCCAAGGCUCUGGUGCAGCCACUGAGACGACUGAAUCCCGCCGCCGCUCCUCUUCCGACACGGCUGCCUUCCCAGCAGGCACUGCUGUGGUGGGCACUCCUGGCAAUGGCACCCCCUGCUCCCAGGACACGAGCUUCUCCAGCAGCCGACAAGACACCCCAUCUUCCUUCGGCCAGUUCACCCCGCAGUCCUCCCAAGGAACCCCCUACACGUCUCGGGGCAGCACCCCCUACUCUCAGGAUUCUGCCUACUCCAGCAGCACCACUUCAGCCUCCUUUAAGCCCCGACGGUCAGAGAACAGCUACCAAGAUUCCUUCUCCCGCCGCCAUUUCUCUGCGUCUUCAGCCCCCACGACCACCUCUGCAGCCGUCUCCGCCACCACUGCAGCCACCGCCGCAUCCUCCUCCUCUUCCUCCUCGUUGGCCUCGUCCUCUUCAUCGUCCUCUUCUUCCUCAUCCUCUCAUUUUCGUGGUUCUGACUCAAACUACCCAGCAUAUUAUGAAAGCUGGAAUCGCUACCAACGCCAUGCUUCCUACCCACCCCGCCGGGCAACUCGGGAGGAGCCCCCUGGGGCACCUUUUGCCGAAAAUACAGCUGAGCGCUUCCCACCUUCCUACACCUCCUACUUGCCCCCUGAGCCCAACCGGCCUGCUGACCAGGACUACCGGCCUCCUGCCUCAGAAGCUCCACCCCCAGAGCCUCCAGAACCUGGUGGAGGCGGGGGUGGUGGUGGGCCCAGCCCUGAGAGGGAAGAAGCUCGGACCUCCCCCCGCCCAGCCUCACCUGCCCGUUCCGGCUCUCCGGCCCCAGAGACCACCAAUGAGAGUGUGCCCUUCGCUCAGCACAGCAGCUUGGAUUCCCGCAUUGAAAUGUUGUUGAAGGAGCAGCGUUCCAAGUUUUCUUUCCUGGCUUCUGACACCGAGGAAGAGGAAGAGAACAGCACCACGGGCCCUGGGGCUAGGGACACAGGGAGUGAGGUUCCUUCUGGGUCAGGUCAUGGGCCCUGCACGCCCCCUCCAGCCCCAGCGAAUUUUGAGGAUGUGGCACCUACAGGGAGUGGGGAACCAGGAGCUACCCGGGAGUCACCCAAAGCCAACGGACAGAACCAGGCUUCUCCAUGCUCUUCUGGAGAGGACAUGGAAAUCUCCGACGAUGACAGGGGCGGCUCACCCCCUCCGGCCCCAACACCCCCCCAGCAACCUCCCCCCCCUCCCCCUCCUCCUCCCCCUCCCCCUCCGUACCUGGCUUCCCUUCCACUUGCUUACCCUCCCCACCAGCCUGCCUAUCUCCUCCCACCCCGACCUGAUGGGCCACCGCCCCCCGAGUACCCCCCACCUCCUCCACCACCCCCGCACAUCUAUGACUUCGUGAACUCCUUAGAGCUCAUGGAUCGACUUGGGGCUCAGUGGGGAGGGAUGCCCAUGUCCUUCCAGAUGCAGACCCAGAUGUUAACUCGGCUCCACCAACUGCGGCAGGGCAAAGGAUUGACCGCUGCCUCAGCUGGUCCCCCUGGUGGGGCUUUUGGGGAGGCCUUCCUCCCAUUCCCGCCCCCCCAAGAGGCAGCCUAUGGCCUACCAUAUGCUCUGUACACACAAGGGCAAGAAGGCCGAGGGGCAUACUCCCGGGAGGCCUACCAGCUGCCUUUGCCCAUGGCAGCCGAGCCCCUGCCCUCCUCCUCAGUCUCAGGAGAAGAGGCCCGGCUGCCUCCCAGGGAGGACGCAGAGCUGGCAGAGGGCAAGGCCCUGCCAUCAGCAGGCACUGUGGGCCGUGUGCUGGCCACCCUAGUCCAAGAGAUGAAGAGCAUCAUGCAGCGAGACCUCAACCGCAAGAUGGUGGAGAAUGUGGCCUUUGGAGCCUUUGACCAGUGGUGGGAGAGCAAGGAAGAGAAGGCCAAGCCAUUCCAGAAUGCAGCUAAACAGCAAGCCAAGGAGGAGGAUAAAGAGAAGACAAAGCUCAAAGAGCCAGGCCUACUGUCCCUGGUAGACUGGGCCAAGAGCGGGGGUACCACCGGCAUCGAAGCCUUCGCCUUUGGGUCAGGACUGCGAGGAGCCCUGCGGCUGCCUUCUUUCAAGGUAAAGCGAAAAGAGCCUUCGGAAAUUUCAGAGGCCAGUGAGGAAAAGAGGCCCCGGCCUUCUACUCCAGCCGAGGAAGAUGAAGAUGACGCUGAGCGAGAGAAGGAGGUUGGAGAGCCAGGACGUCCGGGGACCAAGCCCCCAAAACGAGAUGAAGAGCGAAGCAAGACCCAGGGCAAGCACCGCAAGUCCUUUGCUCUGGACAGCGAGGGGGAGGAGGCAUCCCAGGAGUCCUCCUCAGAGAAGGAUGAGGAGGAUGAGGAGGAAGACGAGGACGAUGAAGAGCGUGAAGAAACCAUGGAUGCUGCAAAGAAGGAGACAGAGGCAUCAGACGGCGAGGACGACGAAAGCGAUUCGUCCUCCAAAUGUUCUCUGUAUGCUGACUCAGAUGGUGAGAAUGAUAGCACAUCGGACUCUGAGAGCAGCGGCUCAUCCAGCUCCUCAUCUUCUGCAUCUUCUUCAUCUUCUUCCUCGUCCUCCUCCUCCUCAUCUGAGUCCUCCUCUGAAGAAGAAGAGGAAGAGGAGCGGCCAGCAACCAUACCCUCAGCAUCAUCGCCCCCCAGAGAUGUCCCCGUGCCCCUGCCAGCCCCUGCGGAGGAGCCUGAGCCAGAAAGGGUUGCAGACUCCCCAGUCACACCUCUCCCCGAACAGAAGUCUCCAGCAAGACCUGUAGGUUCCACGGAGGAGCCGCCCCCCAGUGUGCCCCAGCCAACCCCAGAGCCGCCGGCUGGGCCCCCGGCCCCCGCCCCCCGCCCCGACGAGCGCCCCUCUUCUCCCAUCCCCCUCCUGCCCCCACCCAAGAAACGCCGGAAAACCGUCUCCUUCUCUGCAGUGGAGGAGGUGCCGGCCCCAGAGCCUCCCCCCGCUGCCCCACCGCAGGUCAAGUCUCCCGGCCCCGCCUCCCGCAAAGUCCCCCGGGCCGUGGAGCGGACCAUUCGCAACCUGCCCCUGGACCAUGCGUCUCUGGUCAAGAGCUGGCCCGAGGAGGUGUCCCGAGGAGGCCGGAGCCGGGCUGGAGGCCGAUGCCGCUCCACUGAGGAAGAGGAGGCUGAGCCAGGGACAGAAGUGGACCUGGCCGUGCUGGCCGACCUGGCUCUGACCCCAGCCCGACGCGGGCUGCCCGCCCUGCCCACUGGCGACAACUCAGAGGCCACAGAGACAUUGGACGAGGCGGACCGCUCGGGCCCCCUGCUCAGCCACAUCCUCCUGGAGCACAACUACGCCCUGGCCGUCAAGCCGCCGCCCUCCACGCCGGCCCCGCGGCCCCUGGAGCCAGUUCCUGCCCCUGCGGCCCUCUUCAGCUCCCCGGCAGACGAGGUCCUGGAGGCCCCUGAGGUGGUGGUGGCUGAGGCAGAGGAGCCAAAGCAGCAGCAGCAGCAGCAAGAGGAUGGGGAGGAGGAGGAGGAGGAGGAGUCGGAGUCAUCGGAGAGCAGCAGCAGCAGCAGCAGUGGCGGUGAGGGGGCCACCCGGCGGCGCAGCCUCCGCUCCCACACCCGGCGCCGGCGGCCGCCCCCGCCCCCCCCGCCCCCGCCCCCCCCCACCUUCGAGCCCCGCAGCGAGUUUGAGCAGAUGACCAUCCUGUAUGACAUUUGGAACUCGGGCCUGGACUUGGAGGACAUGGGCUACCUGCGGCUCACAUACGAGCGGCUGCUGCAGCAGACUAGUGGGGCUGAUUGGCUUAACGACACCCACUGGGUCCAUCACACCAUCACCAACCUGAGCACUCCAAAACGCAAGCGGCGGCCCCAGGAUGGGCCCCGCGAGCACCAGACAGGCUCGGCGCGCAGUGAAGGCUACUACCCCAUCAGCAAGAAGGAGAAGGACAGGUACCUGGACGUGUGCCCCGUCUCGGCCCGGCAACUGGAAGGAGCAGACACUCAGGGGACUAACCGUGUGCUUUCGGAGCGCCGUUCUGAGCAGCGGCGGCUCCUGAGUGCCAUCGGCACCUCUGCCAUCAUGGACAGCGACCUGCUGAAGUUAAACCAGCUCAAGUUCCGGAAGAAGAAGCUCCGAUUCGGCCGGAGCCGGAUCCAUGAGUGGGGGCUCUUUGCCAUGGAACCCAUCGCAGCUGACGAGAUGGUCAUCGAAUACGUGGGUCAGAACAUCCGCCAGAUGGUGGCUGACAUGCGGGAGAAGCGCUACGUGCAAGAGGGCAUUGGCAGCAGCUACCUGUUCCGGGUGGACCACGACACCAUCAUCGACGCCACCAAGUGUGGCAACCUGGCGAGGUUCAUCAACCACUGCUGCACGCCCAACUGCUAUGCCAAGGUGAUCACCAUCGAGUCCCAGAAGAAGAUCGUGAUCUACUCCAAGCAGCCCAUCGGCGUGGAUGAGGAGAUCACCUAUGACUACAAGUUCCCUCUGGAGGACAACAAGAUCCCUUGUCUGUGCGGCACCGAGAGCUGCCGCGGCUCCCUCAACUGAGGUGGGGCAGGACUGGUGCCCUCACCCCUAUUUAUUCCCCUUGGUGCCCUGAGCUCCCAGCCCACCCAGCCUUAGUGGGCUCAGCAGGGCCCACAUGCCCCAUCUCCACAUGUGGGGUUGGGGGGCCCUGAGCCUAGCGAGGGAGCCUCAGUCCCUUGAGGCAACUUCGCUUCCCUUCUUGCCCCUGCCCACCCACCCCGAUUUUUUUUCUUUGCGGAGAAGAAGCUGUAAAUGUUUUGUAGCUGCCAGCAGCUGUUUCCUGUGGAAACCUGGGGUGCCGGCCUGUACAGAUCCUGUUCUUUGUGGGGCUGCAUAGCCUCCUUGCUUUGUGUUAAUGGGGACUUCCCCUCUGUGCCCUGCGUGCACCCCUCCCCAGUUUAGGGGUCUCUAGGGGCAGUGGCCAUGUUCUCCCCCUGGAGGGGGCCCUGCGCCCCCUGUCCUGGGGACUCUGUGCCUGGAACCCUGCCUCGUCUUCUGUUCCUGCCAGACCCUGUGGGUCACCCUCCCGCCCUGGUGUCUGGAAGCUCCGGCUUUGGCAGGCCAGGAUGGUGGGGGGCGGGCCCUUCCUGUUGGGCUGGACUGUACAUAUGUUAAUAGCGCGAACCCAACGCCACAUUUUUAUAAUUGUGA